CUAUGCGCGUUCACAUCCCGACUUGAUCCGUUUGGAGAGAUGAGUUGUAAUGGAUGUUGAUAACGCCGUUUGAAAGUACAGCGUGGGGACCGCGGCGAAACGAUGAGGCAGUCGGUAACAUCGCGGUUACCGGCGUAACGAGGCGGCUCGGCUCGCUUUAUGCGGUGAAUAUUUACCGGCGAGGGUUCCAGCUGGCUGGCCGGUGUUCCUCCCAGCGGCGGGAGCGGAGCAGUUGUUCAGCUUGGAGCCGCUGAACAAAGAGCUUUUCUUCCCCGGACCAUUGUUACCGUGCAGGGCGCCCGAAACUGAUUCCGAACUGGUUUCGGACGGUUAAAGUUUGGGGCGGCCUGUGCUCCAGUCAUGACCUCUGGGAAUGGGAGCACUGACAGCAGCCAGCACAAUGGAGACAGCAAAACAGCUCAGCAGGCCAUAGACAAGUCCCACAUCCUGACGCACCUGAUCGAAGGCUUCGUUAUCCAGGAAGGUGCCGAGCCUUUCCCUGUGGAGCGUCCAUCUUUUUCUAUAGAGAGCCUCCGGAGACGGGCAGCAGAUUCAAAGAUGGAUGGCCUAUCUUCCAAGGAGCUAAAGGCCCAGCAGGAGCCCAUGUUGACCUGUGAACUUUGCGGUAAGGUGGACUUUGCCUACAUCUUCAAAAGAUCCAAGAGGUUCUGCUCCACAGUGUGUGCUAAACGCUACAAUGUGGGAUGCACAAAGAGAAUGGGUCUCUUCCCGAACCGCAGAACCAGCCUAGAGAACCUGAAGAGACGAACGUUGAAUGGGAAUUACAAAAACAGCAGCUUGGACUCUAAAAAGAAGAUUGCGCCCUCUGCUGGUCACGCUGUUCACCCUGCUCACGGAGAGUCCAGUCAGUGUUCAGACCUGUCCGGCUAUAAAAGAGUCCCGUCACCCCCCCUGUCUACGGCCCCUCGGGUUCCUGCGGUGCAGACCCCCGACCUCCCGCCGCACCCCCACAGCGAUCCGGGUCAGUGGAACAUCCAGGAUGUCUAUGGGUUCAUAUCCUCCCUGCCAGGCUGUCUGGAGAUUGCAGAGGAGUUCCGCUCUCAGGAGAUUGACGGGCAGGCUCUGCUUCUGCUGAAGGAGGACCACCUCAUGGGAACCAUGAACAUCAAACUGGGCCCAGCUCUGAAAAUCUUUGCUCAGAUUAGCAUGCUCAAAGACUCGUAGCUCGUCUCUGUUACUGACCGGACACAGCAGGCCUGCUCAGGAUCUUCAGAUAUCCAUCAUGACCUCAAAGACUCUCUCAGUGUUUCCUCAUCUCACCUCUUACACGUUCACACUACUUCAGGGACUAAAGGUAUUCUCUGCUGGAGACAGAUGCCAGUUUCAAGAAUCCACAUAGAUUUGGUGACCAUCCAGCAGGUUCACCCCUUGCUUCAGGUCAGCAGCAGUCUGAUGUCUUCACUAAAGACACUUGCUUGAUCAGGAGAUCGGGACUUUCUCUGUGCUGUGUGUGCAAAUGUACUAGCAUGACUGAUGGCUUAACCUGCACAAGUCACUUCGCUGUUAAAAAGCAGAAAACUACUAAAGUAAUGCUGCCUUCCACCGUGGGCUGAUUACAGUCCACCAGUUAGAACCAGCAGGUGGCGGUUGGAAAGUCCCGUCAACCAGCCGUCAGUCUGGUCCCCAUGUCCCAGCCUGUGGACAUGGUGGAGAAGAAAGAGGGUGGGGCUUUUUCUCCCGGCUGUCUUGAGGUAAUGUGUUUGCAUCUGUUUGAUAAUCAUUGCUCUGUCCUGCUGUGUCCUCAGACAAUGUGUUGUCAUGCUCCAUGGCAACACGCUGGAUAUUUCAGGAACAAAGUCUCUUCAGUCACAGUCUGUGUUUUCUCACUGCUUUGUUAAAGUAGCAGUAUGUAACUUUAAAAGAAAAUGUUGUUUUUUGUUUGUUUUUUACAUAUUUGUUGAAGCUGUCAGUAUGCCGUGACAGUAUGGUAUGAGGCAACCUGUGAAAAUUUGUUUUAACUCCUCUGCCUUUUCCCAGUGCUGUCUUGGAACAACCAAUCAGAGCUAGGUCUCUCCCCACUUUGCUCUGUGCUAAGAUGCAGCUUCUCCCCGUCAGCAGAGCCUGCUCAGUCUAGUUAGCAUGACUUCCAAUGGCGGUGGAUAAAUGGUUUUCCUGUAAUAGUAAGUUGUUUCUCCACCGUUAACAUGUUGAACAGCAUUGAUUGACAGCACUAAGACCCUCCUCCUGGCUCUGAUUGGUUGCUUUUAACUGGGAGUGGUGCAUUUCUGCAAAGGCAACAGUAGCACAGGGAAGGGAUGAAGAUCUAUCUUUUCACAGAGUAUCGCUCUCAUAUUAUACUGUAUUUGAACAAAUCGGUAAAAAAAAAAGUAAUUAAAGUUACAUACUGCAACUUUAAAUCUAACAGUCCUGAAUCAGAACUACGGGGUUUACAACUCAGAUGAAUGUUUAUGCUGAAGCAAUUUAAAUCUAAACUUGACAAUUAAUAAAAACUGGCUGUAGAGAAGGAAAGGAGUAGAUGUCCCAGGUUAUAAACCAUCAGGAUGGAAUACUGAUGGUUGACAUUGUUUUUGACAUUGACCCAUUGUGGUGACGUUGGAAAAUCUAUCCACCUUUUGGCUAUAGUGAGAGUGAGAGGUGGGGUCGACCCUGGACAGGUUACCAGUCCAUUCCAGGGCAACAUGCAGGACCAGCUAACCUCCCAGUUCUGUUUCUGGACUGUGGGAGAAAACCUUCUUACUGCAAGGCACAAGCUCUAAACAUUUCCACAUCUGGAAAUGUUCAGGUUCAUUCUGGUUUCGCUCACAAUCAGACGAUGAUGCAUCCGACAGCUGUUUUCUGCUGCACUCUUAGAAACUGAUCCACAGCUCAGAAUGACACUGAUAAACACUGUGACACACAAGCUGUGAUUAUUUGUUGUUGUAUUGAUUCUUUACUUCUCUGCAUAAUGACAGGAGGGUUACCAAAAUUCUUCAAUAGGACUAAAAAACUGAAGAUUUAAUGUGAAAAUCCUUAAGGUCUGCUUUGCAUCUGGUGUUUUGUCGAUGAAUGGAUGAAUGGUCUGGCUGUAAAUGCUCCGUUCACUUCCUCUGGUGCUGCUCUGAAUCAAUCUGACUCGGAGCAAACAGAUUUAUUUUUUUUUCUUUCCCCCAGGCAAUUAUAUGAAAGUCUAUGCACACAAAUGUGACUGCAAUAAGUGCCUGUGGGAGUGGAGCGAUAAAGCUGCCAAAAUCAUGGGUGGGAAUUAGAGAAUACACAAAAGGAGAAAGAAAAAAAAAAAAAGACUACCUGUUCCGUCAUCAAGCCUUUACCAAAGUCACGUGGAACUGAAGCCAGAGAUGCUCUGCUGACAUACCGCUAGAUGCGAAUGGUGACGCUCUCCUCUAGAGUAGACUAUGUUUCAGUCCUUGGACAUGUUCUCUGGCCUUACACACAGAACACACUUUAAUAAAGUCAAUAGAUCUGUUCUUUG